UUCUUUCGUUGUCAAGCCCUCACUCCUUUUCUUCCUUCCUUUACUUCUUUCCUGCUUUUGCGCUCAUUGCUCUCAACAUUUCUGCUUUAACUUUCUUUGCUGCUGUGAACAUCUUUCAUAAUGGAAAUGGACUUGCCAGUUUCUGCCAUUGGUUUUGAAGGUUUUGAAAAGAGGCUCGAAAUUUCUUUUGCCGAGCCUGGUUUGUUUGCUGAUCCUAACGGAAAAGGACUUCGAUCUCUCUCGAAGGCACAAUUGGAUGAAAUUCUCGGACCUGCUGAGUGCACAAUUGUUGAUAACCUAUCAAAUGCUGAUGUUGACUCCUAUGUCCUCUCCGAGUCGAGCCUCUUUGUUUAUUCUUACAAGAUAAUCAUCAAAACAUGUGGCACCACAAAGUUGCUUCUCGCAAUUCCGCCCAUUCUAAGGUUGGCUGAGACCUUGUCUCUCAAAGUUCAAGACGUGAGGUAUACCCGUGGGAGCUUCAUUUUCCCUGGUGCUCAAUCGUUUCCUCACCGUCACUUUUCUGAAGAAGUUGCUGUCCUCGAUGGCUAUUUUGGGAAGCUUGCUGCCGGUAGCAAGGCUGUGAUUAUGGGCAAUCCUGACAAAACACAGAAAUGGCAUGUUUACUCUGCCUCAGCUGGGCCUGUUCAGUCCAAUGUCCCUGUUUACACUCUCGAGAUGUGCAUGACUGGUUUGGACAGGGAGAAGGCAUCUGUCUUUUACAAGACUGAAGGAAGCUCGGCUGCUCACAUGACUGUUAAAUCUGGCAUAAGGAAGAUCCUCCCCAACUCUCAGAUAUGCGAUUUUGAGUUUGAACCCUGUGGUUAUUCCAUGAAUUCUAUUGAAGGAGCUGCUGUUUCAACCAUUCACAUUACCCCAGAAGAUGGCUUUAGCUAUGCUAGCUUUGAAUCAGUUGGAUAUGAUCCUAAAACCGUGGAGUUGGGUCCCCUGGUUGAGAGAGUGCUAGCAUGUUUCGAGCCAGCUGAGUUCUCUAUUGCUUUGCAUGCUGAUGUUGCUACCAAGUUACUGGAGCGUGUUUGCUCUGUUGAUGUUAAGGGCUACUCUCUUGCUGAGUGGAGUCCAGAAGAAUUUGGCAAGGGCGGUUCCAUUGUCUACCAGAAGUUCACUAGGACUCCUUACUGUGGAUCUCCCAAGUCCGUUCUGAAGGGCUGCUGGAAAGAAGAAUCGAAAGAGGAAAAGGAGUAGUGUUGUCUUGAGGGUCGUUUUGUUGUUCUUGUUUUAGCGUCUGUUGUUUGCUUAUGUUUUCCCUGUUUUUCCGAAUAAAGGACUUAUAUGUCCAAACUCAAGUGUCUGUCGGAUUUGUACCGAUUGUGUGCAAAUUCUGAACUAGUUUAGUCUUUUGGUGUUUCACCAGAAGCCUUGUGUGUCUGCAUUUUGAAUUGUUUCCUGUUGGUUGUCUCUUCAGUUGUCUAAUAAAAGUUUGUUGUGUGUA